AGUCGAAACUAAAGGUUGACGCUGACACGUCUCUGGCUUUAUCCAGCCAUAUUCACUAACUAUAACAAGUGAUGUUAUUAUAAAGAUAUGCCUCAGGGUAAUAUAAUGAAACGCCUCAGAUAUUAACAGCGCCCCAGUAACGCGACGCUAAGCCGCUUAAAGACUCUGGAUGGAAAUAGAAGCAGUCGAAGAUCCGCGCUGCGAACCUGACGGAAAACUUUCGCGUCGAAGAGCGAAGAAUGAACAGCGAUGAUCUUAGAGCUCACUGUGAGCGUCUUCCCCUUCUUUAAGAAUAGAACAUAACGGGACGCAGCUCCAAAGCGGAACUUUCGGAGUUUUGAGAAACGCGCAAAUCAUGGCAAAGAAGAAACGGGUUUCAUCGGUCAGUUUUAUCAAGGGAUUCCCAGAUGACAGGUUGUUAUAGAGGCAGACAUGCCAGCCAACCUCACCGCCUCCAGCCACAGCACGAACUACAACUUCCCAGCGCUCAUCUUCGGGAUAUUAUUGAUCAUUAUCAUCAUCUGCGGGAACGUGCUGGUGUGUCUGAGCGUUUACACGGAGAAAGCGCUGAAAACCACAACCAACUACUUCAUAGUCAGCUUGGCUGUUGCUGAUUUGUUGCUGGCUGUUCUGGUCUUACCGCUGUUCGUGUAUGCAGAGUUCCAGGAUGGGGUUUGGUCCCUCAAUAUGACCCUAUGUGAUGGACUGAUGACCAUGGAUGUGAUGCUCUGCACCGCCUCUAUAUUUAACCUCUGCGCCAUCAGCAUAGACAGGUUCAUCGCAGUCUCCAUCCCUCUUAAUUACAACCGCAAACACGUGGAUCAGCGACAGAUUGUCCUGCUUUCUGCCACAUGGAUCCUGGCCUUGGCCGUGGCCUCCCCCGUGAUGUUCGGAAUCAACAACGUCCCCAACCGGGACCACAGCGAAUGCAAGCUGGAGGACAACAACUACGUGCUGUAUUCCUCCGUCUGUUCGUUUUUCGUGCCGUGCCCCAUCAUGAAAAGUGCCUUCCUGUUCUGCUGGACGCCAUUCUUCGUAGUGCACACCAUGAGGGCUCUCUGCGAAGACUGCUACAUCCCCAGCAGCGUCACUAGCAUCGUGACCUGGUUAGGCUACGUCAACAGUGCCCUCAACCCCGUCAUCUACACAGUCUUCAACACAGAGUUCAGGAAGUUCUUCCGGAAGUUCCUGCCGACUCUGCCCAACUGCUGCUAGCCGGAACACACCCUCUGCUAACAGUUUACGAACAAAACAUACCUAAAAGUAUAAAUAAACCAGACAAAUAAUGCUUACAUGUAAAUACAGCAUGUUGUAUGAAACAAAAAUGAAAGUAAGGUUAUAAUGUACUAAGAUGUUUGCUGCCAUUAUGUUUUUACUUCAUGGUUUAAUUUCGUAUGUUUACAUUUUGAGAGCUGACGGCUUCAUUAAUGAAAAGCAAGCAGAACGAAUUUGCAUAAAACGUUCGUAAAAUCAUUCUUUUGUAAACUGUCAUUUCAUGAAAUUCAUACAGAACUAAUUUGUGUAAAUUAAUCUUAAAAUCAUGUUUACACAGGCAGAAUGAAUUUUCGAUUCAAUUUAUUUUUUCUGUUAAUUGUUCGUAAAAC